CUGACCUAAUUCUGAAACAGAAUUUCAGUUCAGUGAAUUAUUCAUUCAGCAUCUUUGACUAUAAUAUGACAGCUUGAAUAAGUGGGCUGCUCUCAGUUUUAUGCACAUUUAGAUAAAUUGAAAAGUGUGUCAUUUAAUGGUUUUGCCAUAGAGUACUAUUCUAGCCUUUAACAUAAAUAAAAGAAUUGAUAUUCUGCACAAUCUUUAAAAUCUACCCGGUUGUUGUUAUUCUGUCAGCUGGCUUUAUGGGAAAGCCCAAUUAGCCUGUGGAAUCUGAGGAACAGCAGGAAUCGUGACCGUGACAACAUGCCGUGGAGAAAUUGAACAGAGAAUCUGUCUCUACCAGGAUUGUCCCAGUAUUGUCAGGUAACUGAGGGGUAAAGCACCUCAAUGUUGCUAACGGGAAGUUUGGAUGGCCUCUGAGACCAGGUCAAAGGUCAACGUCUACUUUGACGUCACAAACAUUGAAUUACAAUCACAGCUUCUGACAGGGAGCAUCGUGGUGAAGUAAGGAGAGCAGAUGAUUAUUCACAUAAAUCAUAGACAUUUUCAAGAAACAUUUUCUCCCUCUUGUGGAUUAUUAGCACUUUCAUCUGUGCUGAGGAGAAAAGCAGAAGAUCUGAGUGAUUCAGAGGUACACUGUUUCUGAACAGUGAGAACACAUUUAAUUUUCUGGAUGUUAUCGCUGCAUAGUCUUGUUUGAAACCCAUUCAGUGAUUGAUAAAAGGAGCAUGGGUAAGCCGUUAGGCUUACACAGAAUAUUAGCAAUGUAGACAAAGGUUGUUAAUUGAGGGCUCAGGAGGAACAAGGAGAAAAAAAAUGCUAAGAGACAGGAAAGCAAGUGGUGGAGAUAGAGAAUAAUUGAUUCUAGAGGGAAGAGUGGCAAGAGGCAUAAAAGAUUAAAGGAAAGAUAACAGACAGAUAAACAGAACAGCAACAGUGACAAAGAUACAAUAAGGAGGGGAGGAGAGUAUGGGAGAUUGACUGACUGGCUGGGAACAAGGGUGGCAGAGAGAGAGAGAGAGAGAGAGAGAGUGCAGUGAACAACCGGAGCUAAGUGGAGAGUGAUGGGCUGUGCUCCUAGUAUCCAUGUUUCUCAAAGUGGAGUGAUUUACUGCAGAGAUUCGGAUGAAUCAAACUCCCCACAUCAGACCACCACCAUCUCCCAAGGCACAGCAACAGUCCAUGGCUUCUUCAUUAAAACAGAUGCUGCUGAAUCGCUGCCCUCUGUGUUGGCAUACCAGAGUCGGGCAACACGCACCUCCUCCAGACGAGAGAAGAAAGAAAACAGCAACUGCACUGAAGCUGAGACCCAAACCAGCCAUACUAGUGUUAAGCAGGUUGCAGCUACAGAAGUACACUUUGGACCUAUGAGACUGACUCAAGAUCCUUUCCAGGUUCUAUUGGUCUUUGCUAAAGAGGACAGUCAGAGUGAUGGCUUUUGGUGGGCAUGUGAUAAAGCUGGAUACAAGUGCAAUAUCGCACGGACACCAGAGUCUGCCCUGGAAUACUUUCUGGAUAAACAUCAUGAAAUGAUAGUCAUUGACAACAGACAUGCCAGAUGUUUUGAUGCUGAAGCUCUUUGCAGGUCAAUUCGAGCCACAAACCCUGGAGAAACCACAGUGAUCCUGGUUGUAGUUCCUCAGUUGUGUAACGAUCAAGAGGAGAGUUCAGUCUUGCCCCUCCUUAAUGCAGGUUUCAACAGGCGAUAUGUGGAGAACCCCAAUGUAACUGCAUGUUACAAUGAAUUGAUCCAGUUGGAGUAUGGAGAGGUGCGGUCACAAUUCAAACUGCGGGCAUGCAACUCCAUAUUUACAGCCCUAGAGCACUGCCAGGAGGCCAUAGAAAUUACAAAUGAAGAUCAUGUUAUCCAGUAUGUGAAUCCAGCAUUUGAACGUAUGAUGGGUUAUCAUAAAGGGGAGCUGAUUGGCAAAGAACUUACUGAACUACGCAAAAGUGACAAAAAUAAAGCAGAUCUUCUUGAUACAAUAAACACAUGUAUCAAGAAAGGAAAGGAAUGGCAUGGAAUUUACUAUGCAAGGCAGAAAACAGGAGACAGUAUACAGCAAGAUGUGAAAAUUACACCUGUAAUAGGCCAAGGAGGGAAAAUUAGGCAUUUUGUGUCAAUCAAGAAACUGUGCAGUGACAACAAUAAGCAGAUUUACAAUAUGCACAGUGAAGACAAAUAUAUGGAAGAAAAUUCUCAAUCAGAUUCACAGUCGUUGAGAUAUAAAGAUAGACGGAAAGGUUCCAUUGAUGUCAGAUCAAUAACAUCAAGAAAAAGUGAUGGGAGUUCGUACAAUCGACGGCAUUCCUCAAUGGCAAGGAUUCAUUCCAUGACAAUUGAAGCUCCAAUCACCAAGGUUAUCAAUAUAAUUAACACAGCCCAAGAGAACAGUCCAGUAACAGUUGCUGAGGCCUUGGACAGAGUUCUGGAAAUAUUGCGAACAACUGAGCUCUACUCACCUCAGCUUGGCAAUAAAGAUGAUGAUCCUCACACUAAUAAUCUUGUUGGAGGGCUCAUGACUGAUGGGUUAAGAAGAUUGUCCAGCAAUGAAUACAUUUUCUCUAAAACUUACCGUCAAACUGAGAAGUCAGAGGUACCACUAUGGACUUCUCUGGAUGGACAGAUUGAAGAAGAACCAGACCUACAGCAAAAUUACAGCCAUAUUGCCGUGCCAGUUGCCCUGAGCGAUGUGCCACCUCACAUAGCAGACUUGCUUGAAGAUGAAGAAAGCUGGGACUUUAAUAUUUUUGAGCUUGAAUCUAGAACCAACAAAAGGCCAUUGUUUUAUCUUGGUUUAAAAAUCCUAACAGAGUUUGGAGUAUGUGAAUUUUUAAACUGUUCAGAAAAGACUCUAAGAUCAUGGCUACAGCUCAUAGAGACCAAUUAUCAUGCAUCAAAUUCAUACCACAAUUCAACGCAUGCUGCUGAUGUAUUACAUGCCACAGCAUAUUUCCUGCGAAAGGACCGAGUCAAGGGAAGUUUGGAUGAGCUGGAUGAGGUUGCAGCACUCAUUGCAGCUGCAGUGCAUGAUGUGGACCAUCCAGGACGCACCAAUUCCUUCCUGUGUAAUGCAGGAAGUGAGUUAGCUGUACUAUAUAACGAUACGGCAGUUCUGGAAAGUCAUCAUGCAGCUCUGGCCUUCCAACUUACAGCUGGAGAUGACAAGUGCAAUGUCUUCAAAAACAUUGAAAGGAAUCAAUUUCGGACAUUGCGACAAGCAAUCAUUGAUAUGGUUUUGGCUACAGAGAUGACAAAACAUUUUGAACAUGUGAACAAAUUUGUGAACAGCAUCAACAAACCUAUGACUUCUAUUGAGGAAACCAGUUCAAAUAGCGAGUGCAGUGAUGGUGAACGUCCAUCCAGUUUUAAGAACUCAAUUGAGGACAGACUACUCAUCAAACGCAUGUUGAUUAAAUGUGCUGAUGUCGCUAAUCCUUGCCGCUCUGUAAAGUUAUGCGUAGAAUGGGCGGGUAGAAUUUCAGAAGAAUAUUUUGCUCAGACCGAUGAAGAAAAACACCAAGGUCUGCCAGUUGUGAUGCCAGUCUUUGAUCGAAAUACCUGCAGUAUUCCAAAAUCUCAAAUAUCGUUUAUCGAUUAUUUUAUAACAGACAUGUUUGAUGCUUGGGAUGCAUUUGCAAACCUCCCUACAUUAAUACAUCACUUAGCUGAGAACUACAAGUACUGGAAGACUCUAGAUGAAUGUGAGUGUAAAGGUUUGCGACCUCCACCUGACUCUUAAAAGGUGAAAGGACAAAAUGUUUGGUUUUCCAAACUCACUUUAACUCGUGACGCAAGCAAAGCCAUUGAAGAGAUUCUAUUUUAUUCCUGUGACUGUAAAAUUAUAUUGUAAUAUAAACCUUACGCAUUAUGGGAAGAUUUGAUGUACAGAGUGCAGGAAACUAUGUUGUAUGCUAUCAUGGGGGUACCCCAAUUACAAACAGAAGCACAGAAUGCUUGAGUUUCAACACUGGAUUUCAUCAUGUUCAAGAACAUUUUUUCUUAUCUUUCUUGAGGGAUAUCACAGAGUAUGGAAAGUAACUGAUAGGUCUCUGUUGAGAGAAGGCACAAUUGAAAAUGCUGUUUCUGGAACUAUUACCCUCAAACCAUAAGGUUAUAUGUAAAUAAGUCUGUCAUUUCCUACAAAGUUCUUUUUUGCAAAGUUCUAGUUGCUUGGGAAACUAGGGCAAUAUUCUAACUGUUAAUAGUUUUUUUUAACCAAUUUACCAUUGUUUUAAAUAAAUGAAUUGAGGCCUUAAGGCAACUUUGGGCAUUUUUGAAAUGUUUAACAUGGAAAUUAAUCUUUACUCCUUGUGAAAUCAAAAAACGUCAGCAUGACAAAUUGAGAUAUUCCAUUCCAUAAUUUAUUGCCACACUGUGUAUUCUGAUUUGAAUUCUUUUUAAGCUUUAUUUUGACAAGGAUGUAAUGGUGCCAAAGAUAUGAAGUUAAGAUCAAUUUACUUCACAAAUUUGAUUGAAUUUACCAAUUAAAAUGUUUUUGCACUCCAUAUUAAUUUAUGUGGAAAUAUACAUUAAUAUUUGCAGAUUUAGCCUACAUUAGUAUUCAGUCCAAUUUAUGCAACAGCCCCAAUGUAAGUGACCUAAAUUAAUACAGUAUUCUGAAUAAGUCACAAAGUAGUUAAGAGUGAAUUGAGCCAUUUGUCCCAACUUGACUCAGUCAUCCAGGUGUGUCCUCGUGUCCCUCUAAUCAUUUCUUAAAUGAUUUCUAGGUUUUUGUCUCCAUUAUUCUGUCAAGGUGUCCAUUCCACGUGUUGAUCACUGUUCUUAUGCCAAAGGACUUCUGGGUAUCAGCCUACAUUUGCCUUUUGAUGACUUGAACUUGUGGCUCCUUGUCACAUUUAUGUCGUUAAUUUUAAAGUAAUCUUGCAGAUUUUAAUUUCCUGUAUGAUUAACUAUUUUAAAUGUGCAAAAAUCACUUCUUAGAUGUUCUUUCUUCAAGGCUGAAAAGUUCAAAUCUCUGGAAUCUUUCUUCAUUACUCUGGCCUCUUACAUGUGGUUCUUCUCAGUAUUGUCUCUAAUUUUUGCUUGUUUCCUAUAACUAGAAUUAAGCACAGCACUCAUGAUGUAGCCUGACCAGAGUGCUGUGCAGAUUGAUCAUGAUUCCCUUCGAUUUGUAUUUGUUGUUUUGGCUGUAUAAUUUUGCAUUGCCUUGCUUUGUUGAUUGCUCCUUAGCAUUAAUUGGAUGUAAGGGCUUAUGCCCGAAACGUCGAUUCUCCUGUUCCUUUGAUGCCUACUGACCUGCUGCGCUUUUCCAGCAACACCUUUUUAAGCAUUAAUUGGAUGUGUAGAGUGCUGAAUUUGCUUAACUUAAGCUCUUUCAAUUCUAUUCACAAAAUACAUCAGAAACUUUUCCUUUCUUUCGCAUUGAAAGCAGAUGGAUAUGUAGUGGGUACUCAAAAGUAAUGUUCCAAAUUGCAAAUGGUCAGAGCCAGUUUUAUUCUGUGUGAAUUAAUGUAGCAGCAGGAACUAUUGAAUGAAAGAGUAAGAAAAAUACCCAUGUGGAAUGGGGGCUUAACAUUGUGAAUCUGUUACAGUAGAACUUAGUGGGGUGACCCAACAACAGACUAUGAAGUUGCAGCAGCAACAAAAUGAAACUGACUUAACAUGAGAAAUGUAAACACAUGAAGGACCAAACACAAAAUUACAGGUAAAAAUAAUAUCAACCUCAAAUGUGAAGCAUACAUGUACUAAUGUGUAUGUAUAUAAAUAGAAAAAUUGUAACAAAAUAUACAAUUGUUUAUAGACAAUGCUUUAGUAAUUAUGUUCAAUACUGGGACAAUAUGUGCAAAAAUAAAUAUAAUUA